GCGCCCAACGCCCAAAGCAUGCCAGCACACCCGUGUCACCAGCCAUACGAUGAAGAGUUUGAAAAUACGCAUUACGUCUGUACGUUAUGAUGAGUUUAUCGAGGGAAGACGUAAUAGGAAUUUUUGUCAUUAAAUCAGGUUCUUCUACUGUUAUUUCAGUUUCAUGAUAAUCAGGCAAACAAGGAUCCGUAUCUGUAACCAGACCGAUAAUUGGAGUGAAUGUUACAUGUGAGAGGGUGUUCGAUGAGGUGUAUAUAAUACAGCUUCUGCCUUCUCCAGCUAAACAGCAAGAGUGACAACGAAUCUAAAUAUUCGAAGAGAUCACGUCUUCCUGGAAAUUUGGGCAUCAUUUCAAUAUGGCUGUCUCCACUUCAUGUCAACGCAGGUUAGGAUUGUCGGGAAUGAACAGUGGCCGACGGAAACUCUUGAUUGCAUUAUCGUUGCUGCUGGUGAUGGCAAGCUUGUACAUGUAUCUGAAAAUGACCGAAUCGCUGAACACCCCUGGAAGCGAUAGCAACAAGAAUUUACGCCAAACAAGUAGGGAAUUCACCAACAAACCAAAUAGUGCCGAGGAGAGGAGUGGUCAUCCUACUGAUCAACUGGUCAGUGCGGAAAGGAGUGGUCAUCCCACAUCGGAUCAACUGGUCAAUGCAGGAAAGAAACAGCAACCGAACAUUGUCUUCAUUCUCGCUGAUGAUUAUGGUUACUCUGACAUUGGUUACCAUGGCUCUGUAAUCAAGACACCCGUUUUGGAUAGACUUGCCGCAGAGGGCGUUAAACUUAAUAACUACUACGUUCAGCCGAUCUGCACUCCAACCAGGACGCAGUUGAUGACUGGGAGAUACCAGAUUCACACGGGUUUCCAGCAUGCCGUCCUGGAACCACAAAUGCCAAGUUGUCUUCCUUUAGAUGAAAUCACCAUAGCUCAAAAACUAAAAGAGGCGGGCUACUCCACCCACAUUGUGGGCAAGUGGCACCUAGGAUUCUACAAGAAAGCUUGCUGGCCUACUCGUCGAGGGUUCGAUACGUUCUUUGGAUUCUUAGAGGGAAGUGGUACUUAUUUUUCGCACAUGAGGAACUCAUAUUAUGACUUCCGAGACCAAGAGGAUGUGGCCUGGCAGUAUAAGGGGCAAUAUUCAACUCAUCUCUUCGCCAAACGAGCUCAGGAGAUCAUUACUAAGAAAGACAAAGACAAGCCGUUUUUCCUGUUCGUGUCAAUGCAAGCUGUUCACAUUCCUCUCCAAGUACCAGACUCUUACGUACAUCAAUACGAACACAUCAUCAGUAGCAAGCCAAGGCAGAAAUAUGCCGCUAUGACUACUUGCAUGGACGAAGCUGUCGGCAACAUUACCAGAACCUUGGAGGAACUUAGUCUGUGGAAUAAUACAUUGCUGAUUUUCUCAACAGACAAUGGUGGAGCACCCGAGGCAGGUGCGUUCAAUUGGCCUCUACGGGGCAGAAAGAAGAGCCUAUGGGAAGGCGGCAUACGCGGCAUUGGAUUCGUGCACAGUCCACUACUAGAUCAUCACGUUAGAGGCACUGAAAGUAACCAACUCAUCCAUGUGAGUGAUUGGUUUCCUACGAUUGUAUCGGGCCUGGCUGGCGGUAGUCUGAACGGCACGAAGCCUCUUGAUGGAUACAACCUUUGGGAUUCAAUCAGGUCUGGUACCCCUUCACCACGCCAGGAAAUCCUGCAUAACAUCGACCCUUUUGAAGGUCACGGUCACCGUCCCUUCAGUCACAGUCUGUACAACAAUUUCACUUUCACGCCGUCAAUGAGAGCUGCCGUGCGAGUAGGUGACUGGAAACUCUUGACUGGACCUGUUGGCGAUGGCCACUGGACUCCUCCACCAGAAUCCGGUAAAGCAACGAUACGUUCCAAACUCAAACCUCACCAGAAUGUCUGGCUGUUUAACGUCAAAACGGAUCCCAAUGAGGAGAAUGAUAUGUCGGAGGAGAGACCGGACAUACUCCAGAGACUGAUGGAUCGCCUUCAGGAAUAUUACAGCACCUCAGUCCCAGUGAUUUAUCCGGAGAGCGACAAGAGAGGACAUCCCAAAAAGAUUGGUGUCAAUUAUUGGACCAAUUGGAUGUAAAAACUUCAUACACUGAAUGGUCUGCUGAUAACAAAGAUAGGGUUAGGUAGACUCCAGAAUGCCAUGCAACCAUACAUGCACACGCAUGCAGUAUAACCAGUUUGUGCAGAUUGAGAAUAGGGACGUGAUACUUGUACUGGAGCACUGACGUUUUCACUAAACUGAACUUGCUGACAGUGCCCAUGCAUUGAAGCAGUUGUCGUCCAUCUUUGGUCCACCAAAAGGCACGCGCACUAAACACAUUUUCUUUUUACAGAUGGUUAGUGAAUAUAUUGUAUUUCGUCUUUAUAUAUCGGUUUUGCAUGUAUACAUGAACGUGUAGUCUCCACCCUCUUACAGACUAUCGGGGCCUGGUUUGCAAAUCGAUAUAAAGCCAUACAAUUCGGUGGAGAUUGUCACUGAUGCAUGACGAAAAAAACCUGAAGCAGGGCAAGCGAUGUAAUUGUUUAAUGCAAUCCUUGUGUCCCAUUUAACCCUGUUUUCAAGUUUUGGUUUGUCAUUUUCAAGGGUGAUUGUGGUGCCUUUUUGCGAAUUUCCACAUUUACGAGCAAAAGUGUUAUGUCAUUUCAGACAUAAACCUCAAUGUUACAGCUAUUUCAAAGUUACCGGAAAUUUGGUUAUUUCGCUGUCGUAAAUUAUCUUUUCUUUGGUGAUUCGUCGUUGUGUGUGUUCGUGGCAGUACGCGAAUAGCAAACUUUUCUCACCAGUAUUUUCAAUAAGCACAUUUUCAGGUUCACAAUUUGAACCGAAAACCCCACAACAGAAUUAUGUGUCUUCCUGAAAUGACACAUCAACAGAGCCCUCAAUUGACGGGAAAAGCAUAAAAUUGUUUAAUGUUUAAAGAAGUGUACUUUUCAGUACAAUUAACCCAAAAGGCCUUUUUUAAAAUACAUUUAGGAGUAGAAUGUUGCACACAAUAUUAUGUUGCCAAGAAAUAUGCACUUCAUUGACCCUUAAGUUAAAAUAGUGCCUAAAAUAUUAAACUACAGUACAUGUAUAAGUAGCGACUCAAUACGGGAGGUACAUGUAUAUUGUUUCAUCUGUUUGUGAUACUUCAGUGUAUAUGCGAUAGUUGCAUAAUAUUUUCCCAAACUUUGUGAAAAAUUCUUCUGUAUUUUUGCUAAAUGGCCGACAAUGCCAACCUGUUUUUAUAAUUAUUUUUUUUUAAAUUUAACCAGUGGUAUAGUAAAAAAGGAAAAUUAAACAAAGCUAUCUGAUUUUCGGUUCAGAAA